ACUGAGGACCAUAAGCGACACUUUUAUCAGACCGGUCCAACUGAUAUUCACAUCUUCAAAUUUGAAAACUCUUAUCCUUGCACAAUAUUAUUCAAUGGCGGCCAAGAAGAAGCCAGGAGUGAUCGUUUUGUUCGACGUGGACGAUACUCUUACAGCUCCAAGGAAGGAAGCUACUCAAGAAAUGCUCCAUUUUAUCCAAAAAUUACGCAAGGUAGUCACUAUAGGACUCGUCGGUGGAUCUGAUCUAAACAAGAUAUCUGAGCAACUUGGCAAAACAGUCACUAACGACUUUGAUUAUUGUUUCACUGAGAAUGGUCUUGUUGCACAUAAAGAUGGUAAAUCCAUUGGAAUCCAGAGCAUGAAGCUGUUCCUUGGAGAAGAUAAGCUCAAGGAGUUAAUCAAUUUCACGCUGCACUACAUUGCAGACUUGGAUAUUCCAAUCAAGAGGGGAACAUUUAUAGAGUUCCGAAAUGGAAUGAUCAAUGUGUCACCGAUUGGUCGCAACUGCAGCCAGGAAGAAAGAGAUGAUUUCGAGAGAUAUGAUAAGGUUCAUAACAUUCGACCAAAGAUGGUGGCUGAACUUCGUGAGCGGUUUGCACAUCUUAACCUUACUUUCUCUAUUGGAGGACAGAUUAGCUUCGAUGUCUUCCCUAAAGGUUGGGACAAGACUUACUGCUUGCAAUACCUUGAAGACUUCAACGAAAUCCAUUUCUUCGGUGACAAAACCUACGAGGGUGGAAAUGAUUAUGAAAUAUAUGAAUCACCAAAAACAAUAGGCCAUUCAGUAACGAGUCCAGAUGACACAAUGGCACAAUGCAAGGCUCUGUUCUUGUCUUGAAACACUAUCAAUCUCCAUUUGAUUACUUGCUUUACAAGCAAAGGAUAGAACUAUAUAUGUUUGCAUACUGAUAGUCUGAUACCAUAUGUUUUGAAUCUUGAUUCAUAAAUAAAAUAAAUUAUAAUCUUUGUUUA